AUGGGCACCGAAACUGACAUCGUCGCCAGAUUCGACAUCCACCUCGACGCCGGAGAUGAGCCCGUGUUUAAGGGCGGCGAGCUGAUCACUGGUAAAUUGCUUAUCGAACUCCGCAAACCGAUCAUCAUCAACGCGGUCAAGUUGCAAAUGAAAGGACGUGCCGCGUGGCUGAACGAUCCGCUGAAGAAGGACGAUAUCGAGAAGGUAAGAAUCGCGCAUACAUAGAAACGGGUGUGCUGCGAGCGGGGACUAGUGGUCAAAGAGUUGAAAUUUCUAGGCCACGCUUGUUUUUCGCCACAAAAUCUUCAAUUUUCCUCACAAAAACGUUGUUUUUCCCUACGAAAAUUUCAUUUUUCGCAAUGUGAAAGAGAUUCUAGAAACGUGUAACCGAAUUUCCCUUCAAAUCACAUCAUUCGAUGGCAAUUCUCACUAAUCUCCCUAUUUUCAGGUCUACUUCGACCAGGACUUUACUCUUCUCGAGCGCCCGCCAGGCAAACCAGAGCCCGGACACUUCCAAUGGAUCGGAGACUUCACUUACAGCCUUCCGUUCGAAUGCCCGCUGCCAAAAGGAUGCCCGAGCACCUACGAAGGACCGCAUGCGUUCAUCAGAUACUUCAUUCGCGCCAGUCUCGUCCAGGAAGAUGAAUUCGAGAAGAUUGUGAGUUUUUUUUAACCGAUCUAUAGGGAACAAAGGAAGCCUAGCGAGUAAUUCAUUGAAAAUCGUCUGCUUGCCGUUUCAGUUGAAUAAAUAAGCGGUACCAACUCGAUAUUUUCCAAAUUUCAGCAUGAGUACUACGUGAAGAAGGCGUUCACACUCGUCAGCCCGUCGGAAGGACACAUUGUCACCGGCGAAUCGGCUCAGACUGAAGAUUCGGCUAUUCUCGGAAAGUGCUGCUGCAAAUCGAAGCUCGCUGCGGAGCUCUUGCUGCCGAAAACUGGAUUCCUGCCAGGAGAAGCCAUCUACGGAAAUCUGAAGAUUGGAAGCAAGCAUCCGAAGGAUAUUCUCAAUCACGUGAGUCAAUUUGUUGUCUUCCAGCACAACGACAAUAAUUUUCAGAUGGAAGCCAGACUCGUCGACCGUGUUCGUCGCAUCGGUGCACCGGAAGUCGCUGCCGCUUCUCCGUGGAGGACGCUGUUGGUCAGAAAGUUGGAGACCACUCAUGAGAACCCAGCCAAAACCAAGGGAGCCAUCGACCAGCCCGGACUCUUCCUGCUCACCGUCCCGCCAGUCUGCCCGAGUACCAAGGGAGAUCAUGAGGACCCGUCGAAGAUCGAGCACAUCCUCAGCCCAUACGGAAAACUGUUGGAGAGCCCAUCGACCGCCACGCUCCGUUUCCGCAAGAUUCCGUUCCUGAAGAUCGAGUACGGACUCCAGGUGACUCUCGGAACAGACAUCUUGCUGGAGAUUCCAAUCGAGAUCGGCGAACUGUCCACCAGGGACAAGAGCAACACUUUGGAAGCGUUUGUGACAGGACCGCAGCCAGUUGAGGAGGCCGACGAGAAGGGGAAGAUCGCCGUGAACGGACCAUUCGUGUACACUCCAGUCUAUCCGUACCCGCAGAAUGACGGAGUCAACGGAAAGGCCAUCACUGUGAUCAACACGGAUCCGAGCAUUCAUCAGAGCAUUGACGGACCUGAGGUGAGGACAUUUGGACUACAUAUGUUCUGAAAUCUGACAUGAACUUAUUUUUUUCAGAAGACGAUCGUCACCACUACUCGCACAAUUGUCACCCACUCCGACGGACAUGAAUCGAAGACCAUGGAGGAGACGGUUGUGGAAACUGAGGGAGAAGUUGUGAAGACCGUCCACGAGACUACUGUCGACGACGCGGGAGUCAAGAGCGAGAGAAAGGAAACUGUGAGUCAUACAUACGCUUUGAGUGAAUUGCUCUCACGUUUACACGUUGCAGACGACCAUCGAUGCGUCUGGCGAUGAGAAGCACUCUGUGGAGACGUCGAAGACGAGAGUGGCCGAAACCGCUGAGCUUCCUGAGGUUAUCAAGGAGGCUCGCGAGAGAAUUGAGCAUCUCGUGGAACAUCACACGGUAAGCCACAUAUCCAAAGAAAGGUUCAUCCUCAAACAGGGAUAGGCAAAACGCCGGCCCAGGGUUUUCGAAGGCCAAUCGAGGCCUGGACUUUGGAUCUGAUAGAAGUCGAAAUCCAGGCUUUGAUAGGUUUUCAAAAAGCCUGGGAUUGGCUUAGCAGGCUUUUUGCAGCCUUCCUGGAUUGGAGUAUCUUGCGACCAAGUAUCAGACCGAACGAAUCACUUAAUCGGAAAAUACACUGAUCUAGAGCACAAAAACCCUGGUUUUUGCAAAAAGCCCAUAUAUCUCCGGAUCAGAUAAUCCCAUCGGGCUGAGACUUGAACCUCAAUUUCCUAGCUCUUCCCUGAACGAUGAAUGUUCCAGGAGCAAGCCGCAUCGCCGAAAGUUUCUGAGCCCACCGUGGAGACAAUCAUCAACGAGAACGGCGAAGAGACGAUCGUGUCGACGGAGAUCAUCGAGGACGGCGACACGCGGACCGUGAAGACGACGACGCUCACGAAGCACGCCGACGGAAGCGAGUCGACGCUGGUCCAGGAGAACACCACCACCGAGACGGUCACGACGAGCGAGGAGUGA